UGCGAUGUUGGUUGUUUUUGCACAAACAGCUGUUGUCGCACUGUUGUUGUCGCCUUUGUGUCUGCAGGUGCAAAGUAAUAUCAUAAUUGGAUUAAUCGAGCGAUCACAGCCAUGGCCACGAUGCGCAUACCCAAACAGAAGGUGAUCCUGUGCGGCGACUACGGAGUGGGCAAGAGCUCCCUGUUCCGGCGCUUCGCCACCAACACCUUCGUCACGGAUACGGACAGGAAAUCCACCUUGGGAUUGGACCACAUCGAUAGGGAAUACAGUGUGAAUGAAAAGCAGAUCAAGCUCCAACUCUGGGACACCGGUGGCAUGGAGCGUGUGGCCUCGGUCACAUCCUCGUACUACAAGUUCGCCGAGGGAGCCAUCCUGGUCUUUGCUUUGGACAACGCCGCCUCGUUCCACUCGCUGUCGCAGCACUUGCUGGACAUUGUGACCUAUGCAGAGAAUGCCAAGAUCUUCAUCUGCGGCAAUAAGAGCGAUCUGGAGGGCAGGGAGCCGGAGGUCAGCGACGAGGAAGUGGAGGCCUUCUGCGAGCAGUGCCACUCACUGAUCAGUGCCACGUACAAGACCUCCUGUCGCAGCGGCGCCGGUGUGGAGGAGAUGUUCCGGGAUAUCUCCAGGCAACUGGUCCAUGCCAAUCGCUCCAAAAUGGAACUGCAGGCACUGGAGCACAAGAGCUUCCAGGUGGACACUUCGAGCAGCAGUGCGGCGACCAACGAGGAGGACGCCUCCUCCUGCGGCUGCUAGCAGUUGGGGAACAUUGAGUUCGGCUAGGAACCCUCAUCCCCGCCAGGCUCAAUGCUCAUGCAGAGAUGCAUUUUUACUGUUUCCUUUAUUUAUUGAUAGCUCUUGGCUAUGUUAUGAUUUUUAGAUACAUGCAUGUUCAUUUAGAAUUUUUACGAAAAAUACGUCCCGAAUGCGAACACGAGUCAUAGAGUAGGAUUAGUUUCUAUUAACCAGGCGCCAAACAUUAACCACUUAAACUUUGUACACGUAAGCUAGGAUGGCGGAAACGCGAGGGAUAGGUUAGAAAUCUGCGGUAAGAAAUAAAAAGUAAUAGGAAUUCCAUCGAUUAACAAGAAGGUCAAAAUAAUCUUAAAGGUAAUAAGACAACAAAAUAUAUAGACAUCGAUAAUUCCUCACUUGACCGCAGAUAACUACACUAAGCUUCGACUCUUAUUGCAUGUAAUACCCCAUCCUAUCGUAUAUAGAUUAGUGCGUAAUCUGCAGCUUUCUUCCACAGAAUAUCUCGUAAA